AUGCAAGAAGAGAGCCACAACAGUCGAACAGAUAUGGUAGAAGAUGUGGAGGUGGGGAAUAAGGAAAGCCCUUUAGGGGAGAUCGAGGUCAACUUGGAACAAGAAAAAUCUCUCAUUCGCAAGCAAGAUCUUCGAAUUCUACCCUUAUAUGCACAAGUCGCAGGAAUUCGUUUUCUCCUCGGGGUGCUUGAAGCUGGCCUAUUCCCUGGAUUGGUCUUUUAUCUCACAUUCUGGUAUAAAGUAUCAGAGCGAUCAUUGAGGGUUGCUUUUAUUUUGGCUUCUGCCACCUUGGCUGGUGCAUUUGGAGGAGCCAUUGCAUAUGGAACCGGGCAUAUGAAUGGCGCACAAGGUCUUUCGGCCUGGAGGUGGCUCUUCAUUAUUGAAGGGGCCCCUUCAUGCGCAUCUGCAAUUUUUGUUUGGUUCUUUCUCCCAGAUUACCCAGAGACUUGUCGUUUCUUGAACUCUGAGGACAAGGCACUGGCAAAACAGCGACUCGCUGUGGAAGGAGGCCAGGGUAUGGCUAAAGCAAUGACUUGGAUUGAGGCCAAGGCAGUGUUGACAGAAUGGAGACUUUAUGCCCACUACCUGGUGUACUUUGCUAUAUCCGUACCAUUUUCUAGUCUGUCUCUUCUCACACCAACUAUCACCGCCGGCCUGGGUUAUGAAAAUCUACAGUCUCAGUUGAUGACGAUUCCUCCAUAUGCCGCUGCAUACGUAGUAACUCUUGCGGUCUCCUGGUCUGCAGACUACUUCAAUGCCCGCGGUCUGCAUUCUGCUGUUUUCUCAUUAAUUGGAGCGAUCGGCUUCCUAGCUUCUGCUGUUCUUCCUCCAGACGCUUAUGCGCACCGCUACGGAUGCUUGAUUGUCGCUACCUCGGGGGCAUUCUCAUGUAUUCCUCCCCUCUUGGGCUGGCUGUCUUCCAAUCUCCGCUCAACCGCUGGGAUUGGUUUGGCCAUUGCGAUGAACAUUUCCUUUGGGGCACCUGGCCAAAUAGUAGGUGUCUGGAUUUACAAAUCUGAUCAAGCCAAGAAAGGCUUUCCUACUGGCCAUUGGACUAAUGCAGGGCUCCUGCUGCUUGCUUCGGUCGUAUGUGUUGCUUUAAGACUGUACUAUGGGUGGCUGAACCGACGAUUCCCUCAAGGCCAGAUCAGAUAUGCCUAUUAA